AUGCUCUUCCCCAAGCUUGCGUGGGCUACUGCACUGCUGCUAUCUACUACAACCGCCACAAGCCCAACCGGUGACAAGGACUGCGCAACGGGCUUUGAAAGCGACGCCGAGAAGGCCGCUCGCUUGGCGAGUGAAAUCCCCGACGGUGGCCUGGGCAUCCUCGUCAUCGACCAGCAGGUCGACUUCCACCCGGGCGGUUCCCUAGCGAUUGCCUCCGCCAACUCCGACGCAGCUCGGAUCGCCACCUUCAUCUCGAACCACUCGUCCGAACUAUCGCAGGUGGUGUUCACCAUGGACUCGCACCAACGCUACCACAUCGCCCACGGCAUUUUCUGGGAGAACGACGCAGGGGAGUCACCCGACCCAUUCACGACCAUCUACGCGCAGAACAUCACCGACGGCGUGUGGAAACCGCGUGACUCGAGCUUGAACGACUACGUUCUGGCGUACACGCAGUCACUGGAGGACAGCGGCAAGUUUUCGCUCACGAUUUGGCCGGAGCACUGCCUCAUCGGAUCACCGGGGCACAACAUCGUCCCGGACGUUCUUGCAGCCGCUCUGGAAUGGACCAAGGAGUCUCUGAAGCCGAUCCAAUACGUAAUGAAGGGGAGCAAUCCGUUCACCGAGCACUACUCUGCGCUGAGAGCUGAGUAUGAGCUGGCGUAUGACCCGUCGACCAGCCUCAACACUGCUCUGAUCAAAUCCUUGCAACGUGCUGGCAAACUUGUGAUCGUGGGCGAAGCCUUGUCGCACUGUGUGAACUUCACCGUUCGCGAUCUCGUGGACGCGUGGCCAGCUGAGAGAUUGAGCGACCUGGUUAUUCUGACGGACUGCUCGUCCCCGGUGGCUGGAUUCGAGGCCGAAGCCGAGCAAUUCCUAAGCGAUAUGGCUACGAAGGGCUUGACACUGACAACGUCCACCGAGUUCAAGGCGUAA